AUGGCUGGCGCGGGGGGUGCGACGGCUGUGCAGCAGCCGGCGGCGGGGGUGCCCGCCGGUGGGGCCGCCAGGAGCGGGGUCGGGGCAGGCGCCGCGGGGGCGCCAGUCGCCGACCCGCGCGCCGAGGCGCUGCGGUGCCCGCGCUGCGACUCGGCCAACACCAAGUUCUGCUACUACAACAACUACUCGCUGUCGCAGCCGCGGCACUUCUGCAAGGCGUGCAAGCGCUACUGGACGCGCGGGGGCACGCUCCGCAACGUCCCCGUCGGCGGGGGCUGCCGCAAGAACAAGCGCUCCAGGAGCAGCGGCGGGGCCGGCGGGAGGAACGGGUCCUCCUCCUCCGCCUCCACCGCUGCAGCCGCCGCCGCGGCGGCCGUCACGUCAUCCUCGGCGGCGUCGACGCUGUCCCUCCCGCCGCCGCCGGGGUCCCUGCCGUCGCUGACCUCGGCGCUGGGCCUGCCCGGGGGCGCCUCGCUCGCGUCGUUCCUCCUCGGGACCGCCGGCUCUGGCGGUGACCACCUCGGCCUCUUCCAGGCGGCCAUGCAGUCGGUGGUCUCCUCGGAGGCGACCGCCUACGAGAUGCAGCAGCAGCAGCAGACGCAGGUGGACCACCUGCUAGGCCUCGGCUACGGAGGCGCCGGCGCGCAGAUCCAGCUCAAGCCGUGGAUGCAGGACGCCGCCGGGGCUGCUGGCGCGGGUGGGAUCAUGGACAGCUUCUACGCGCCGCUGCUGUCCAGCUCCCUCGUGCCGGGGCUGGAGGAGCUGCACGUCAAGGCGGAGGUCGCCGGCGCCGGGGUUCACCAGCAGAAGCUGGCGCCCGGAGACCAGCAGAGCGCCAGCUGGGAGCUGCCGACGCCGUCGUCGUCCAACGUCGACGCCAACGUCAUCGCGUCCGACGCGCUCAUGGCCGCCGCGGCCGCGUCCAUGAACCCCGUGGUUAGCUCCACCUCCACGGCGCCAACAAUCGUCCCCUCCUCGUUCAUGUACUGGGGCAACGGCGGCAUUGGCGGCGCUGCCGCGGCGUGGCCAGACCUCGCCAACUGUGGAUCCUCCAUUGCCACGCUCUUCUAG